AUGUUGAAAGAAGUUGUUUACUGCGGAGUUUGCUCAUACCCACCUGAUUACUGCGAAUUUUCAGGUAAAUUGAAACGUUGUAAAGUUUGGUUAUCCGAAAACCAUCCUGACCUUUACGCACAACUAUACGGGACCGAAGAGAAUGCACAAGAGGAAGUAGAAGCCGUGACCACCAAACUGGCUGAAUCCAGUAUCGGUGAAGCCAGAGAGGAAAAGCUGGAAAAGGACUUAUUGAGAAUCCAAAAGAAGCAGGAAAACAAAGAACAAAGAGAGCUAGCCAAGAAACUGUCAUCCAAAGUGAUCAUCAAGAGAGAGGCCAGAACCAAGAAGAAGUUCAUCGUGGCCAUUUCUGGGCUGGAGGUCUUUGACAUCGACAUGAAGAAACUGGCCAAGACAUUUGCGUCCAGGUUCGCCACUGGCUGUUCCGUGUCCAAGAACGUGGAAAAGAAGGAAGAGGUCGUCAUUCAAGGUGACGUGAUGGAUGAGGUGGAAACUUAUAUACACUCGCUACUGGAAGAGAAGGGGAUGAAAGACGUCAAAGUGGAGACCAUCGACGCGAAGAAGAAGAAGAAACCCGCUGCAGAAGGCGUCGCCAAGUAA